UUUUAUCAGUUGUUUUAGAAACACAUUCGGAAAUUGGUUCAUUAACAGAAGAUUUUAAUUUACUUAAAACAUAUUAUCAAAGUGAAAAGAACUAUAAUAUCGAAAUAAAAAAUGUAUUAGAAACAAAUGAACUUGUUUCUGAAAAUACUGAUAUUAUAGAUCAUAAUAAAGAAACACAAUAUUUUGAUAACCAAGUUCUUACUUCGUCACAAAUUAAAAAAUAUCAACAAAUAUUUUUACAAAAUACUAUUAAAAACAAUAACAAAGAGCAAAAAGUUAAUGAAAAAUUAGCUACCCUUUUAGAUCAGCAGGAAAAAGAAGAUUUUAUUCAUAAGCUUCAUACUACAAUUUGCU